ACAGACUGCUACUAAAAACAGCCCCAGCACUCCGCAGAUGAUCCUUUUAAACAAUGUCACCCAGCUGAGCUGAGGAAACCCAUUGGACAUUUGAUCACACACACAGUCCAGGAAUUAUUUGAAGGGAAGGAACCCGGAAACUGAUCAGCACAACCUAGUUCUCCUAAAAGUUUAUGCUUCUCAGAAUAGAAAGGAGAUGAGCACCUCAUUGCAGUACAAGUCAUUCUCCAAAGAGCAGCAAACUAUGGAUAAUCUAGAGAAGCAACUCAUAUGUCCAAUAUGCCUGGAAAUGUUCUCAAAACCCGUGGUCAUACUUCCCUGUCAGCAUAAUCUGUGUAGGAAGUGCGCAAGUGAUAUAUUCCAGGCUUCCAAUCCAUAUUUGCCAACACGAGGAGGAAACACAGUAGCAUCAGGCGGACGUUUUCGUUGCCCCUCGUGCCGGCAUGAAGUGGUGCUGGACAGACAUGGGGUCUAUGGACUACAAAGGAACUUACUGGUUGAAAAUAUUAUUGACAUUUAUAAACAGGAAUCUACAAGGCCCGAAAGAAAGACUGACUGCCCAAUGUGUGAUGAGCAUGAAGAUGAAAAAAUUAAUAUAUAUUGCCUGAAUUGUGAAGUUCCUACAUGUUCUAUGUGCAAAGUGUUCGGAGCGCACAAGACCUGUGAAGUUGCUCCUCUCACACAAGUUUUCCAAAGACAAAAGUCUGAACUCUCAGAUGGCAUUGCGAUACUGGUUGGAUGUAAUGACAGAAUUCAGGCAGUAGUAAGCCAACUGGAGGAGAGUUGCAAAACCGUUGAGGAAAAUAGUAAAAGGCAAAAAGAACAACUGUGUGAAAAAUUUGAUUACCUGUAUGCUAUCUUGGAAGAAAGAAAGGGGGAACUGACCCAAAUAAUCACCAGAGACCAAGAAGAAAGGCUUGAAUAUGUCCGAUCAUUAAUGAGAAAAUAUGGCAGCCACAUGGAGACUGUUUCAAAGCUUGUUGAAACAGGGAUUCAGUUUAUGGAGGAGCCAGAAAUAGCAGUAUUCCUACAGAAUUCUAAACCCUUGCUACAAAAAAUGUCAGAAGCAUCGAGUGGAUUUCAGAUGGAAAAAAUUGAAUCUGGAUACGAAAACAUGAAUAAUUUUCUAGUGGAUUUAGAUAGAGAAGAAAGAAUAAUACGAGAAAUCGACUUUUACAGAGAAGAUGAAGAAGAAGAGGAGGAAGAAGAAGCAGCAGAAGGUGAAGAUUUUGAAGGGGCCCACACAGAGUCUUCAGGGGAAGAAGAUAUAGCAGAAAGAGGUGCACAGACAUCCCAGCUUGAAACCAAAGAACCAGUUAGUACACCUGAAGUGCUACCUCCACCUCCAGAACUUGAGCUCAGUACUCCAUCUGUUCCUGCUCCUCAGAUAAAGGGGGAGGUUGAGCCAAGUGAUAUCCAACAGGCCUCUGAGUCUAACGCUCAAGUGCUGUCAGCAGCAGAACCCACCGAUCCCUUGCUUUAUCCUAGUUGGUAUAAGGGCCAAGCACAGCAAGAUUCCAGCGCAGACAAAGUCGAGUUGAGUGAUGCUCUGGGUCCCGUAGGUCAAUCAGUUACUAAGGAAAUUACUGUAAAGGAUGAUCUUUCAUCAGUAACUCUUAAAGAAAGUUUGGCAGUGGCUGGUAAGGACACCAGCUCAUCUGCAGAAAUCCCAAAGAAUGAGACUGCAGCAUCUCUCCAAGGAGAAGCACAGGAACAGACAGUGGCAAACCAACCUGACAGCCCAGGCGACCCAAAGCAUGUCUUCUCCUUCUCUUGGCUCAAUACUGUACCUAAGUAACUCUUGGGCUCUACAGAGACUCUCUAAGCAACACGAGCAAUGUUGCACUGGUGGAUCCCACUGGAAUGUUCUUCAUCCCUGUUGUGGUUGUUAAUCCGUUUUAUGUCAUUUCUUAACAUUAUAUCACUUCUUCUGCAUCUGGAAAUCUGCACUGGUCCAUACCAUACCUUCUACCUAAGUCAUUAGUGGUGACACCAUAAACAAUUCUAGCAUCCAGAUAUGACUAGUACAAAACUCUUCAUAUUCUCCAUACCUCAUACAGAGAUACUGUGGGACUAUAACCCAGUACUGUGGAAAAUCUGCCAAAAAUGUCUUUUUUUAGUGAGUUAAUAUUAUCAUCACUUGACUAUUGUUUACCUCUCUGUGUGUCUUUUCCACCAUCGUGAUAUAAUAAUCAAGGGCAGCAAACCUACCCCAGUUUCAGUGAUCAAAUAUCUACAUAUCAAGAUUGUUCACUGAAACUUGUGUCGCUCAUCUCUUCUGAGCUUGUUGGUGGGGCUUUGACAUUAACAUGCUGGGAAAUAUUUUGUUAUUAUGUAUUUCAUAUAUGUGGGUGCAAGACAAAUAUCAGCUUUGGUUCACUUCUGUUUCAGGACCAUCUCUUUCUGUACAAAGUUGUGUGGAAAUGCAUAGCACACCUUCUUACCAAAAAAACUAUAAUAAACACUUGUAGCUUUGUAGAUUUUAUUAAAAAAUAUAGAUAUUAAAUGUUAUGUUACACACCCAAGUUGUGCCAAUGCUGAAUAGAUGUUUUAUUAUGGAAACGUAUACAAUCAACUUUGAUGCAAAAUAAAUUACAACAAUUUUUUCCCCUCCCAGAGGAAAACCCCUUAGGUUUCAAGAGAUUUAGCUUCUCCCUUAAGACUUUAAAAUGCAACCCUCCCCAGAUGGGUGUUCUCAGGAAAUAUAUCACAAGAAUGACCCUUGACUGUAAAAUAAAAAAACGAUAUAUUUACAAAUGA